AUGGAGUCCGGGACCGUCGAAAGCAGUGAACCGGAGCCUGCGCAGCUCGGCAGUGCAGAAGAGUCCGCUUCGGGCAGCACUUCUCGCAUCGAAGAUGAGGCUCAUCCGGACGACCUUGCGGAGGAGCUUGCUGAGUGGCGGCACAAGGUUGCUACGCAGCGGGAGACGAUUGCUCAGAGUGAGCGCGAACGCGCAGAGUUGCGCGCCGACGUGGAGAGGCUUCAACAGAAGGUGCAGUCGCUGACAGGCGAGCGUGACCGACUACUGCGUGGUGGCGCUGCAGAGGAUGCUGAAACCAAGCACCGUGAACUCCAGGCGCGACUUGAAACUCUGAAACACCAGAAGCUUGAAAUAGAAUCCGGCAUCUGCCAGCAGGAGGAGGAGCUGGAAGCUGUGCGCCGAGCCGCCGCUGCUGCGGCCGAUGCAGCCAAUGCCGCAGCUGCCGAGCUGCAAGAGGAGGAAGCGCGACUGCAGCUCCAGCAACAAUCAGUGGCAGCUGCGGAGGCAGCCGCUGGAACUGCAGAGAAGCGUCUACUUCACAUGGUUUCGGUAGAGGACGUGCAGAUCCGCGAGAGAGAAGCACGGUCGUACCGAGAAUCCUUGGCGUCUGUGGACAAGGAGGCACGACAGUUACGACUUGCCCUUGCAGAUGCUCUUUCAAGCGGAACCGAUUUGACCAUGGCCAAGCGCGAGCUGGAGGUUUUGCGAGAUGCGCAAGAAGCAGCAUCUCAAAGAGUCCAGGACCUGGAGUCGGUGAAUGCCCAGCUGGAGAAGCGAAUCGACCAAGUUCAGGCCGAUAUCGCGGCUCUACGCAAGGGGACUGUUGAUCUUCGAAGUGAGGAAGAUCUCAUGCGGGAGGUCAUUGUCACACAAAGUGAGCAGCUUCUGCGCAAAGUAGAAGAUCUCACAGCUGAAGAGAAGCUUGCCGCCGAAGAUCGGAGGCAUUUGCUGGAGAGGGCAGCUCGCCUAGCAUCUGAGGUUGAAAGAGCUGAGGCUCGUAUUGCACAGCAGUCAGAGCUCGAGGAGCAGUGUGCACAACUCGACGCUGCCCAGCAGACGCUGAGUGCAGAAGUGGAGCGGCUUCGUCGCACCAACGACGCCUUGUGCCAGCAGGUGUUGGGUUCGGACGGUGAGGGCCCCUUUGCGGGCGCUCUGCAAGAGGUGUCCCUGCUGGACGGAGAGGAGGACCAGGCGAUGCGUGACGAGAUCGGCCGGUUGGUCCGGGGGCAGCUCCUGAUCACUAGCCAAUCUGGCAGUGUGAAGGGGGAUGCAGCUGCACUUGCCUUGAGACUCCAGCAGCUUCUGGCGGAGCGCGAGGAGGCCUUCUGGGUAGAGCGACAGCGCCUCUCAGACCACAUCGCUUCCCUCGAGCGCGCUCAGAACGGGCGUACAAGCAAUCUUUUACGGCAGUACGAUGCAGCUGUGCGUGCUUCGGGAGGCAGUGCGCCGAAAGCACCUGGCCUGAGUGGCGCACCUGCUGCUGCAGCAGCUGCAGUCACAGGCGUUGCCCGACGUCUGCGAGAGACCAUUGGUGCUUGA